CCCUGCAGCUCGAAACGUUUCCCGAUUCCGGUUUGGCGUUCUCCAUGAAACCCAUUUUGGUUUAGACCUUCAAUUUCGCCAUCCUUCUUUGUUCAUUCUUCUUCUCUUCACUGUCAAUAGAACAGCUCUGCAACUUUUUUCCCAAGAGAACAAGGGAGGGCUACAUGAAAAUGGGGCGAAACUACACCUGUUGCGGCGUUUAGUAGCUAGUGCACGCAAAUGGCUGAAUCAGUGCUAAAGAAAAUGGAGUCUGGGCGCUUGAUCUGCGAUGCAGAGAUUCCGGUUCUACAGCACAAGAUUGACGUCUUUUCUUCUUCUUUUAUGAAAUCCCUUGAAUCAUUAAGGGCAAGAUCACAAGAAACUGCUCAGUAUCAAGCUAAAUUAGAAGAGGCCAAAGCUAAAUUGAGGGAGGCAGAGGAUGACUUGGUUAAAGCCCUGGGAGUGAAGACUCGCAAAGAGGCCAAGCGUAUGGCUCUGAUGGAUGCUAUUGAUUCUGCAAAGACUAGAGUUGAAGAUCUUAAGAGUAGUGUUCAGGAGCAAAGAACCAAGAAUUGUGAAUAUGCUGCAAUAUUAUCUGAGCAUUCUCCUGAUUCUGAAGGGACAAUGAAUGGAAGCACUGAACGAAAAGAUGAAAUUCUGGAGGCCAUCUCAUGGUACAAUACAGUCCUUGGAUUCCAUGUUGAAGGCGGACAUGGGGUGAAGUUUACCUUCAAGAGUAUCAAUGUGAACAAUCCCAAUGAGGAGUGUUUUUUUACCAUCCGUCAUGAAAAUGAUACUUACACGUUAUUGAACUGUGAACCCCCCGUCAAAGGAACCAAAGAGUUGAUUCAUGAAUUAAACAAGACAAAUGGGCUAUUUAAAUAUGUCAGAGUUAUGAGGAGGAAGUUUCAAGAAGCAGUUGCACAGGGGAGUGUAGCAUCCUUAAAUAGUGAACAUCAAGAGUCUGCUAUCAUCUCUACAUCUGCUCCAGAUCUAUCUAUAUCAUCCUUCAGGAGUGAUUCCCCGACCAAGAAAAAUGAGAAUCAAGUUCAACCUAUGAAAGGUGAGAGACCUACCAAGAAACAAACCCUCGGAAGACGGGUAACAUCUGCUGCAUUGUCUCCUGGAUCUGCCUCAUCAGUUCGCCAGUCUCCUCGUUUGAGGGCUAGGAAAUAAAGUCAAGUGCAGGCUGUUUGGCUACCCCUACAUUGUUGGAUGAGAAACGCUGAGUCUUGUAGGGCUCAUGCAGUCAUAACUCAUGACUCAGGCUGCUAAACAAGUUGACAUGUGAUUGAAGACACAGGCAUUGUAGAUGGCUGAACCCAUAUCUAAGAUAUACUAAGGGCUUCGCAAAAUGUGUAUUGUAACUUGAUAUCGUAUGAGGACAUAACCUUUUUCUGUGUGUGGCCCUUCUGUAUUUUUCCAUCUAUUUUUUAUUCUCAUUUCUUAUUUGGUUUUUUUAACAGCUCUUCAGUUAAUCAUGCUUUUGUUUGACGAUGUAAAUAGAGCAGUGGAUAUAAAAUAGAUCUUCAUCACCCCCCACCCUGGGGUUUUAAUCUAAA